CAAGGAAACCAACCCCUCAAAAUUCAAUGGAUACCCUUCUUCUCUUUUCUCAGUUCUUUUUACCAGUACAUCCGUAAGCACGCACAUAUUGACCGUUUCAUCGUUCUUUACCAAAACCAGAGUGAAACUCUAGAUUCGCAGUUGGUUUCACAUUGACGGAUGAUUGUGUAGGGGUUGACCGCAAGUCGUGCUUUAGAGAAUUGGGAGUUAGAUUUUUCCUGUUUUUGUUUUUGUUUUUUUUUUUUGCUCUGAAUGAUUGAUUGAUUGAUUGAUAUUGCGAUGAUGAUGGCGGAUGGGACUGCUAACCUUUGGUCGCCGGAGGAGUUGCGGGAAUCCGCCGCAGGAGGAGGAGGCGGCGGCGGCGAAGGAACUGAAGUCGUUGAAUUUCCCGCUGAAAUGGUCGACAUGGAGAUGUUUUGGAACUUGCUUGGGGAUACGGAAUCCGAUUCUUCGCAGAGUAGGCCAGAAGAUUCAUCACUGAGUUUUGCACCACAUGAUUCUAGGAGUGGAGUUUUGGAUGGUUCACUUCACUCAAACGAGAGAGCAGUAAUCUUUGACCCUCCGUUGCAUAGUUGCAGUGGGAGCCUGACUGACUUGCCACCAAUUGAGGGCCAUGGCCAAUUCUGUUCAGACAAGGAUAAUGCCUUCUACAGUGCUGCAUCUAAUAUCCAAGAUGACAGGUUGUCUCAUAGCCACUUGAUAGCUGAAAAUAACUUGAAAGCAUCAGUAACAUCAAAUAUGGUGGAAUCAUCUAGGAUGGAAAUAGAGACGCCCCAAUUCAAUGAAUCUCAUGCUCUGUUCAGUUCGGGGCAAAUUUCUGAUCUUCUGGAUCAGCCUUGGGAGCAGUAUUCACAUAUGUUGUUGGGAGACAGUGUACCCUUUCCUUCUUGUAGUGAGUUUGAUUUUGGGAUUUUGCCUUUUGAUGGUGAUAAUAUGCUUAAUGUAAAGGAUGAAUGGGAGCCUUCAACUUGGGAUGCUGGUUCAAACAACAUUGUUUCCGGGGAAGGUUUGACUAGGAUAACAAAUGAGGGGGUUGUAGAUGGAUACUCCAACACUGGGGAUAUAAAUGUCAAUUUUCAGCAUGCUUGUAAAAGUGAAUUACAAUUCACUCGGCAUAAAAACAGAGAGACUGAUUAUAAUGUGGCUACUCAGCCUUGGGCAUAUGAUCCAUCAUAUGUGUUCUCUAAAAAGCAAGAAGUAUGUGCAGAGGAUUUAAAAGAUGAUAUUAUUGAUAGAAAACCAUUUAGCGAUGCGGAUGCUCUACUUUCUAAUGAACCACCAAAUCCAUUUUCUCCCUGUCUACUACCUUCCAGUUCAGGUAAAAGUCAUUUGGUUUAUAGAAAGGAUGAAAAUGAAGGUAUGUCACAUGAAUCUGGAGAGCCACACAAUCAUCCUUAUCUGGUUGACAACACUACUUUGGAAAAACCCAUUCUGGUUCAAAAUGAUUGUGCACUAAAUGACUCGUGUUUGUUAACCACUGCCCACCAAUCUGUUCAAAGUAGUUCAUUAGCUCAAAGAAUCUGUGCUGCUACUGAUGAUGAUGAUGUGUGCAUUCUGGAGGAUAUAAGUGCGUCAGCUCGACCAAAUCCAUGUCCACCUAAUGGGAAGUCACUUGUUAACUUGCAACAUGCUACAUUUAGUGAAACUUCUACUCGUGUCGGAGCAGGAUAUAUGAGAUUCAAACCAAAUGGGGAGCAAUUUGUUUUUCGAACUGCAUUGCAGGACCUUUCUCAGCCAAGAUCGGAAGACAAACCUCCAGAUGGUGUUUUGGCUGUUCCUCUUUUGAGACACCAGCGAAUUGCUUUAUCAUGGAUGGUCAAGAAAGAAACAACAAAUCCACGCUGUUCUGGUGGGAUUCUCGCAGAUGAUCAGGGGCUUGGAAAGACAAUAUCAACCAUUGCACUUAUACUCAAAGAAAGGUCUCCAUCUGUUAAAGCCUUUGCAGCCUUUACAAAACAAACUGAGGCAGAGACGUUGAAUUUGGAUGAUGAUGAUGAUGCUCCUACUAAGUCAAAUAAUGGUGCUAAUUCUUGUCAAGCUAAUGGAUGCUCGGCCACAGUUGCUAAACCAUCUGCACAUGCAAAAGGUAGGGCUGCUGCCGGCACCCUUAUUGUAUGCCCAACAAGUGUCCUGCGCCAAUGGUUUGAUGAAUUGCAUAAUAAGGUAGCGAACACCGCUAAUCUUUCUGUUCUAGUAUACCAUGGGUGCAAUAGGACGAAGGAUCCUUUUGAGCUAGCAAAGUAUGAUGUUGUGCUCACAACCUAUUCAAUUGUAAGUAUGGAAGUUCCAAAACAGCCUCUUGUUGAUGAUGAGGAUGAGACACAAAAGCAAACCACUGAUUCACAGAAUGGCCUUUCAUCUAGUAGAAAGAGGAAAAGUCCUCUUAACUCAGGAAAGAAAUCGCUAAAGGGGAAGAAGGGAACAGAAGGUGAAUUGCUGGAAACUGAUGUUCGUCCCCUUGCUCGGGUCGCCUGGUUUAGGGUUGUAUUAGAUGAAGCUCAAAGCAUCAAGAAUUACAAAACUCAAGUGGCAAGAGCUUGUUGGGGUCUACGUGCUAAAAGGCGGUGGUGCUUGUCGGGUACACCUAUACAGAAUGCAAUUGAUGAUCUAUAUAGCUACUUCAGAUUUCUUAAAUUUGAGCCAUAUUCUUCAUAUAAACUAUUCUGCUCUUCACUCAAAGUUCCCAUUCAAAAACAUCCAACAAGUGGGUACAGAAAACUGCAGGCAGUGCUUAAAACUGUAAUGCUUCGCCGAACUAAAGGAUCACAAAUUGAUGGCGAACCAAUUCUCACCCUUCCUCCUAAGAGAAUAGAACUGAAAAAAGUUGAAUUUACACAAGAGGAACGUGGAUUUUAUUGCAGACUUGAGGCUGAAUCACGAGCACAGUUUGCAAAAUAUGCAGCUGCUGGAACUGUCAAACAGAAUUAUGUUAACAUAUUACUGAUGCUCCUGCGGCUCCGUCAAGCUUGUGAUCACCCUCAGCUUGUUGGGGGAUCCAAUUCAAGUUUAGAUUGGAGAUCUUCAAUUGAAAUGGCGAAGAAACUACCCCAAGAGAAACGGAUUUUACUUUUGAAUUGCUUGGAGGCUUCUUUAGCAAUUUGUAGCAUAUGCAGUGAUCCACCUGAAGAUGCUGUUGUCACAGUCUGUGGACAUGUCUUUUGCAAUCAGUGCAUUUGUGAGCAUUUAACUGGUGACGACACCCAUUGUCCUGCCACAGAUUGCAAAACUCAACUCAGUUUUUCUUCAUUAUUCUCUAAAAAGAUUUUAAAGGAUUCUGCAUCUGAUCAGCCCAGUCUUUUAAAUAAUCCUGAUUACACUGGUUCGGAGUCUGGUGAAACAUCCCAGCUCUAUUCUUUUGGAUGUUCAUAUGAUUCUUCAAAAAUUAAGGCUGCUCUUGAGGUUUUGCAAUCUCUGUCUAAAUCACGGGAUUGCCCCACUAUGGUUAGCUCCCCAGUAUGUGAAGACAAAGGAAAUUAUUACUCUGAGAAUACAUCUAAUUCUGGCUCAGGAGUGUCACAUGUUAAAAUGAACUUGGACUUGGAUGGAAAUUCUAAUCGCGCUACUAAAAUAGCUGGAGAGAAAGCACUUGUCUUUUCCCAGUGGACAGGGAUGUUGGAUCUGCUUGAAGCUUGUCUAAAGAAGUCAUCUAUUCAGUACAGGAGACUAGAUGGGACUAUGUCUAUUGUUGCUAGAGACAAAGCCGUGAAAGAUUUUAACACAAUUCCAGAAGUAUCUGUCAUGAUUAUGUCUCUAAAAGCUGCAAGCCUUGGACUGAACAUGGUUUCAGCUUGUCAUGUCAUCCUCCUAGACCUAUGGUGGAAUCCGACAACUGAAGAUCAAGCAAUUGAUAGAGCACAUCGGAUUGGGCAGACUCGUCCUGUUACAGUUUUGCGGUUGACUGUAAAGGAUACUGUUGAAGAUCGUAUCUUGGCUCUUCAGCAAAAGAAGAGAGAAAUGGUGGCUUCUGCAUUUGGAGAAGAUGAGAAUGGUAGUAGACAGACUCGUCUAACCGUGGAGGACUUGGAAUACCUAUUCCGGCACUAAUCUUGGAUUCUUUAUUGUGUGGUAUAGCUGAUACCUUGGCGGGUUUCUCAUUUCAUUCUUUACUAGCUUUAACAUCGGAGCAUACAUAUUGACGAUACCCCAAAGAUAUCUGAUUCAUAGGAUAUAUACAUGAAAGAAGAUUCAAAUUUUGCGACUAUUCUGUGAUUCGCAGAACCUGCUUCUAACAAUUCAUCACCUUGUAUAGGAGUUCAUUUUAUGAGUUUACAGCGGACAGGAAGGGACAUGGAUGGAAGUUUUGUUGGGAGAAUUGUAGAUUAUUUGGAUAGGAGAGAGAGAGAGAUAAGAUGUAUAUGAUAGUCUUCCCCUUAGAAAAUCUGUGGUAUUCCAAAUAGUGAGCAUUCUGUAACUAUGGAUGAGACCUUUUAUUAUUACUAUAUAUAUUUUUAUUAUUAGGGUUUAGGAUUUUUAAUUUUACUUUUCGGAUUGUAAUCUAAUAUUCAAUUUCUUACCCUGCAUGUCUUAGCAGCUGGUAUAGUUUAUUUAUGAGUAGCAUUAAGU